UCAAGGUCGACAAACUGACGCACAAUACGAGUGAAUUUUUGCUUGUCAAAGAUUUUUUUAAUAAGUUAUUAAGAAUCUGUACGAUUAUUUAGGUACUUUGUAUGACACUUAAAGUUUGCAGAUUAAUAAGUAGUGAAUCUUUAACAUGAUUAAAUUAUUUUCGUUGAAACAAGCAAAAAAAGAUGGUGAAUCACCAAAAGCAGGUAGUCAAAAAAAAGCUUCUGCUGCUCAGUUGAGGAUUACAAAAGAUAUUAAUGAAUUAAAUCUUCCAAGAACAUGUCUUACUGAUUUUCCUGAUCAAGAUGACUUGUUAAAUUUCAAAAUAAUAAUUUGCCCUGACGAAGGCUUUUACCGAGGUGGCAAUUUCACAUUUAGUUUUAAAGUUGGACCUAAUUACCCUCAUGAACCACCUAAAGUCAAAUGUGAAACUCAAGUUUAUCAUCCAAACAUUGAUCUCGAAGGCAACGUAUGUUUGAAUAUUUUAAGAGAGGAUUGGAAACCUGUACUCACUAUCAAUUCUAUUGUUUAUGGUUUACAAUAUCUAUUCUUGGAGCCAAACCCAGAAGAUCCAUUAAAUAAAGAAGCUGCAGAAGUUUUACAAAAUAAUAGACGAGCUUUCGAGCAAAAUGUUAUAAAAGCCAUGAGAGGUGGAUACGUUGGAUCAUUUUAUUUUGAACGGUGUCUCAAGUGAUAUAUUGUUAAAUUGCAGAAUUUGUCACGCAAUCUCACAGAAAGUCGCUUUUGAAAAAUGAAUAAAUCCUAACUACAACGGGAACAUAAACAAUGACAAUUUAUCUUUAUUGUUUGUGUACAUUUCAAAAGCUUUCAUCAUUAUUUGUAAAAAAAUUAAAAAAAAAACAAAAAGAUGAGUAAAAAAAUUUCGAUUCUAUACGACAUUUAGUUACAUAAUUUAGGCUGCUUUUGUCACAUAACAAAUUAAUAACUUCUAUUUAUAAUUUAUAGAUAUAAAUAAUGAUGAAUUGUGGCCAAGCAAUUAAUUAAAGCAUAAUUUAAAGAAUGUCGGAUAGUUUCGCAAAUUUAUCACACUCGAAUAAUAUAAACUUCAAUUUAAAGCACUUUCAAGUAUAUAUGUUCUGGAUUUAAUACCGUGGAGAUUGAUAAUGAUGUAUAAAUAAUAAUAAAACUAGGUAUCGGAUUAAAAUAUAAUUUAAGAAGGACGAAAAUAUUAUUACCAAGUGUGAUAGCGAAAAAUAUUAUUCAUUGCUAUGACUUAUCUAUCAUCAAAAAAAAUCGUGAUAAUGAUAAUCAUAAUCAGCGCUUGGAUAUUUUUAAUUUUUUUUAAACGUUCAAGAUCUCCACUCGUACCUUCGAAUUACGAACCGAGGAAUGUAUGAAAAAUUUUAAAAUUGAUUAAAAGAAUAAAAUUCUAAUGAUAAA